UUGUAGAGAGAGAGAGGGCCAAGUUUAUGUUUUUAUGGUUUUGGAUUAGAGAGAGAAAGAGGGUGGCCUAGAUUUUGUUUUUGGGCUAGAGAGAGAGUGGGGUGGCCCAAAUUAUCUAUGAAUUGUUUUGUUUUAGAGAGAGGGAGGUGUUUAGGUUAGAGAGAGAGUGAGAGAGUGGAGUGGCCCAAAUUAUCUAUGAAUUGAUUUGUUUUAGAGAGAGAAAGAGGUGGCCCAGAUUAUAUAGUGUUAGAGAGAGAGAGAGAGAAGAGAGAGAGAGGUGGCCCAGUUUAAGUCUAUGGCUGACCGACAUUGAGAAGCAGCGUGAGAGAUAAGGAAGUGAGAGAAAGGAAAGGAAGCAUAUACUGAUCUUGGGCUUCAAUGGUAGCUGGGUUUUGUUGGUGAGAUCCGAAAAGGCCAAGACCAUGCUCGAAAACCAUGUCUUUUCCAAGGAACUGAGAAGUGCUUAAAUUUCCGCUUUUUUACUCCCCUUUCUCUUUCCUCUCCUUCAAUUCUUGGUGGAGAAGAUUUCCUUAGGAUCCAUCUUUAGAUGCAAGAUUAAUCCUGCACAAACAGAUGCUAUAGAUUCAAAAAGGAACUCUCUCUCUCUAGAUUCAGGAAUUUUGUCUCUCUUCAUUGAUUUACCGAGUUUUUCAGUCCUCUCUCUCUCUUUAUUGAUAUAUAGAAGCUGUACCUCUUUCUAGUACGGUAGGAGAAAACCUCUCUGGUUAAAGUUCCUUUUUUUUUGUAAAGACUCUUAACUCUCUUACACUCUCUAGAUUUAGGCCCGACGAUCUUGCUUAGAGGUUCUUGACCGAUCAAGAAAAAUGGCAGGGGAUGGAACCCAUUUGCCAUCUUCUCUCAGAGGGUUUGCCGAAAACCCUAACCCUAAUUUGGAGCAUGAGCAGCCUCCGCCACCGAAGAAGAAGAAGCGAAAUCUUCCGGGAAACCCAGAUCCUGAUGCAGAAGUUAUCGCUUUAUCGCCGAGAACUCUCAUGGCCACAAACCGAUUCGUUUGUGAGAUCUGUAACAAGGGUUUCCAAAGGGACCAGAAUUUGCAGCUCCAUAGAAGAGGCCACAAUCUUCCAUGGAAGCUUAGACAGAGAACUAGCAAAGAAAUCAGGAAAAGAGUUUACAUCUGCCCUGAAAAAACUUGCGUCCAUAACGAUCCCUCAAGGGCUCUCGGUGAUCUUACAGGAAUUAAGAAACAUUUCAGUAGAAAGCACGGGGAGAAGAAAUGGAAGUGCGAGAAGUGCUCAAAGAGAUAUGCGGUUCAAUCGGAUUGGAAAGCUCAUUCGAAAACUUGUGGCACUAGAGAGUACAAAUGCGACUGUGGAACUCUCUUCUCCAGGAAAGACAGCUUUAUCACUCAUAGAGCCUUCUGUGAUGCCUUGGCAGAAGAGAGUGCAAGGCUUUCCUCUGUCGCUGCAUCAGCUGCCACCACUGGCCUCACCUUUAGAAACGACUGUAACAAUAACGCCAUGAAUACUUCACAUCUCUCUUCUUCCCCAUCAACUUCGUCCAUGCCUCAUGGGUUUGGAGCCUUUAGGCCUAAUUUUGCUCCAAAUUCGGAACCCACGGGCCAUCCAAAGCCGAGGCUUUCAUUAUGGCUUGAUCAGGGCUCUGGACCAAACUCGAUAGAUCUAAUGAGAAGUCAUCUAAACUCAAUCGAAGGGGCAUCAAAUCCACAAACUUUUUUCUCUGAGGUGACGAAAUCAAUCCCAAAUUCUUCAAACUCGUCGGAGUUUUGCCCUUCUUCACAAGCAGAGAACAAGGCAUGUCCACCUGAGCUACUCCAUAUGGUACCAGGAAACAUGUUUGGGAGCUCAUCUCCUUUGGAUUUCAUGGGGUUCCCAUCAGAUUGGUUAGACAGAGGCUCGAACACUGGGGCCAGUCUGUCUCUAUCAACCUCUUCGAGCUUGAAGGAUGAUAAUGGGGGGAAAACCCAUUUAGGGGGAUUGGCUUCUCUCUAUAGCACCCCACAAAAUCACAGCUCUCAUGGAGCUCACAUGUCGGCCACCGCCCUUUUGCAAAAAGCAGCCCAAAUUGGUGCAACAACAAGUAACCCUUCUAUGCUUAGAGGCUUAGGAGUGAGUUCGUGUGAUGUUCAAACGGUAAAUGAGUUUCAGUUAUUUGGUUUCCAUGAAAAGGAGCCGGAAAACUUCAACGAUCUGAUGAAUUCUCUGUCAACGCCUUCCGGAAAUGGGCUCUUCAAUGGAGUGAAUUUGGGUUCUUUGCCUGAUUCGGGCAAUGAAUUUCAGGGCCUGAUUAUUCCGACAUCGACCGAUAAAAGGUCCCAAAAUGUUCACUUUUAUUCAGGAGAUCAGACAAAGGUUCAGCAUGAAGGUGAGCAGGGCCUAACUAGAGAUUUCUUAGGGGUUGGUGAUAAUGGUGGCCCUUUUUCUCAGCAUGAAAUGGCAAAGUUUGCUUCAAUGAGAUCAGCCAUGGAUUUGAGCUCAUAUAACAGCACACAUUGAGAUAAAAAGUAAAAAUCAGACUUGUAAUAGAGGCCUCCAUCACAAUAUCAGGUUUGUGAAUAUUGGAGGCUACCAUUUCCAUAGUUUGCUUUUGUAAGUCUAUGUUAAGCAGCACUGAAGUGCUGAAACUUGGCCUUCCUUUUA